GUGUAAACUGGUGAUUUAAACUAUUUAGAUUUAAGCAAAAGAGGCAAUAUAUUGCGGGCAAGAUUGUUAUAAGUUUUUUGUAAUCAAAAUUGCUGCUGUGAUUUCAUAUAAACAUUUGAAAUGAAAACAUUUUAAAGAUGAACUUUGUGCUCAAUUUCUAGAACACUUAAUUCAAACGCAGUGGAUAGAUUAAAGAACACACUUUACCGACUUUUGGACCGCCCCUGUUCCUUUGAAACAUAAUAAGUGAUUUAAAAACGCUUGGUUUGUCAUUAUCUACCCAGAGCAUCUUGUGUUUAUAUCUUGGAUCGGUUAGAGACUGAUUGCAUUUAUGUGUCAGAGAUUCAAUAUGGUGUCGGUUUGGGAAAGAUUAAACAGAUUUUGGGAAAGGUAUAAUCCAAAGUCUUUGUUUACCAACCAAGAAGAAGAGCAAACAAAUGAAAUGUUGAAAAACGAAUUUAAGAAGAACGGAUUGAAAGCUGUGAAAAAAUUUCUUGACAAAGAACUGGACAGCUGGACUAAUAUCAAUUUAAAUGUUGCUGUCACUGGGAGUUCUGGAUCCGGGAAGUCAUCUUUUAUAAAUUCUCUGAGACACGUAAGGCCAUCACAACCCGGUGCCGCUGAAGUUGGUGCUAGGGGAGAAACCACAAAGGAAUGCACGCCAUACGAGCAUCCAGAAAACAAGAGCUUUAUUGUUUGGGACCUUCCAGGAGUUGGAACAGGUUUUUUCCCUAAGAAAAGUUAUUUAGAGGAUGUUCAGUAUGAUAAAUACGAUUUCUUUGUCAUCAUUAGCAAGGACAGAUUUACGGAAGAUGACUUCUGGCUUGCAGGGGAAGUAACAAAGCAAAAGAAACGAUUUUUCUUUGUCCGUUCCAACAUUGAUACGGACAUCACCAAUAACAAAAGAGAUUAUCCUGAUCAGGAUGUUGCAAGCUUUCUCCAAUCUAUGAAAACGGAUACGAAAGAGGCACUUAAAAAAGUAUCGGAAGCCAACCCAGAGGUGUUCCUUAUUAGUAACAUCGAAACGGAUAAAUAUGACUUCGGUAGCUUGAACAAUGAAAUGCUUUUUUCAUGUAAAAGCUUGAAGAGGGACGCCUUAGCAUUAUCCCUUUCUGCAGUAACAAGAGAAAUAAUUGAUGAUAAGAAAAGAGUACUCACAAACAGAAUACAUUCCGUUGCAAUCAAAAUUACAACAACCUCAAACAAAAAUGAACAGAAGCGAAUAUUUCAAGAUGAAAUAACCACAUAUCAGAAACAAUUUAAUAUCGAUGAUGAAACGCUUAAAGAGAAUAAGGACAUUUUGACACUCACAGAUGAUAACCUCAAAGAGUUUCGUGUUGCAUUUGAUCAGUUCGAGUAUGGUGAUGAUGCGGGAAUAAAGAUGAAAACUCCGACAGCAAUGAGGGAUGCGACUACUCUAUGGAAUCGCCUUGCUGAUUUCUUUACUUGGUCUAGAGAGGAUAAACUGUUGUACGGAUUUUCAAGAUCAGCUUUGCAAAACAACCUUGAGCUGCUAUACCAACAAUCAAAUAGCUUCUUUGACGAAACAAGGCUCGCAAAAAUGGUCUGCGCUAUUUCAAAGUAAUUUAAAGGAAUUGUUGCAUAAUCAAACUGAGUUCUAGUAUACAAAUGUCUAAAUACGUGUACUACAUAUUAUAUUACUUUUUUGAGACAUUUAUAGCGUUCUGGUACUUAUUAUUCGGAACAUUUUUCAAGUGUGUUUCCUCUUCUGUAAAUUUCUAUCCGUAUCAAAUACAAAAUGUCUGUAAAUAGUUUCAAAGUGUAUAUCAUAUUCUUACCAUGAACAAACUAUUUGUGUAUUAUAGAAUCGCAAAAUCAUAAAAUUAAUCAUUUAUUGUUCUGUUUAACCCAUUAUUGCAUGACAAAAUGAAAAUGGCUUUUUACAUUCAAAAUCCUCCAGUUACAAGUUUAAAUUUCUAUGAAUCUAUAAACAAAUGCAUCAAUAUUAAAUAAAAUUAGAACAAAUGUUGACUGGACCAUAGCCUUUGUAACUGCAUGCUCAGUUAAUAUGACAACGAUUGGACAUCUCACAAUUGCUAAAAAUUACUUUUUUGUGUUGAUUUUUUCCACUGAUUUCUAAGUGUUGCAACUUCUCAGUGGAUUUAUAAUUAUAGAGUCAGAGGUUUUUCAGCGUUGGUUAUUCGUUACCUUAAGAUCGAUCUAAGUCCAAUUUUAGCCUCUCAUAAGUCCAAAAUCUUCUUGGCGAUGACGGGGGGCUCUUGUCCCCCUCAGACCCCUUAGCAGAAGGAGGCACAUCCCUCUGUGGCACCCCUCCUCUAAUGUAUUUUUUUGAUAGGGGACGGCGCUGAAAAAGUGAUCAUUUUUCUUACAACAUCUCCCUCCCGUCCUCAAAAGGGGUGGAAAGACGUAAAAAGAAGUCUAUAUCAAGUAAUGGCUUAAACGACGCGAAUGCACAUUCGAUUACAUUCUUAAGUAUGAUUAAAUAAUUAAGACAAUUUCUGUGAAAAUACUUUAAACGAAAACUCGGAUAUUUCAAUUUGUCAUUUUCGUAAAUAGCUUACUAAUGUUGAAAAAAUCAUGCUGAUGAAUUCAGCCCAUAUAAAAAUAUGUCAUAAUAAAUAUAAAUAAAACAUUAAAAUUGUAAAUAACGAAAUAUGUUUAAAGUGUCAUUUUAUAAAUAAAAGACAAGAGAGAAUACAAAAACAUAUUUCCUUUUUUAAUAAUACAUUUAGAAAUGACACAAUUCAUCCAUGGAAUAAUAAAAAUUACGACAAGUGCAAUUUGUGCGAUUUUAUACUUUGUUAAAUACAUGUAUUAACUUCACCAUCGGGUUUCCAAAAACCUAAACCUUAAAAUAUAAUUGAUAACAACUAUGUGGCGCGUGCGCAUUACGCGUACGUACAACAAAGCGCGUUGAACACAUUUUCCGAUUGAAAAAGAAAAAACUGGAUAUAAUAAACAAGCUGCAAGGUGUAAGUAUUUAAGGCAGCCAUAAAGUGCGGUGACGUAAGAAAUCAGGAUCUCUAAGGCGAAGGAUAAUGUAAAAUCCUCUGUGAAUUCGGCGAGUUCAAAUGACGUCAUUGCACAUGUUUUACUUGACAGUUGGUAAGUGUCUUUCGUAUUUAUAUUUGUUAAAAUGACAUUAUGCUAAUUUUUUAUUGUAAAGUUUAGCCAAAUUGACUACAUAUUUCAAACGAUUACAAUGUUGACUGACCAACAGUUGAUACCAGACAGUGACAAGGAUAAAAUAUAAAUCUGCUUAGAAAAUAAAAAAGAAAGUUACAGGUAAAAUUCGAAGGGUAUACUACAUGUACUAAGUACUACUUUAUAAAAUGUGACACGACAUUAAAGUUUCCUUGCCAUUGCUUGCCAAAGUGGGUUUAAAUUUUGAAGUAACAACUGGGGUUCUUUGGGACAUUAUAGAGACAUUGUCGUAGGCGCGCUUUCUUUUUCUUAUAUUUGUGUCUAUAAAUUAUUAUUAAUUUUAAUAGAUCACCUUAAUCUGUGUUAACCGUUUAAUAAAGUUAUAUGAAAACAAUUAAUAUGUUUUUUUCGCUUUCAGGGAGAAAAUAUAAUAACAAUAGCAGCACAUAGGUGCGGAAAUAUACGCCCAAAUUAAAUGUGUUCUAAGGGAAAAAAGAAAGUAAUCAAAAAUAAUUUUCAAUCAGAGAGGAAACUCAUUUAUAACAUUUGUCAGCAACAUGUUUUAUUUCAAUUAUCUAAAUUAAGAUCUAUAUUGAUACAUGCCAAAGAGCUUCCCUCUUGUCACAUGAAUACUUAGUGAUUAUUAAAUAUGCAACUGCUUUCGCUGUGUAGAACAGACCCCAAACAUGUCACCAGUCAUGCCUUUAAAAAAGUUAUUUGCGAAGCACAGAGUAGUGAUUAUUUACCUCCAUGCAAUUGUCAUCUGGUAUAUAUACUGACUGAAAACAACAAUGAUAAAAAUUAAAACAAAAAUAACCAUACCAGAAAUUUAAAAGAGCAAACGAUAAGACCAGAAACUAAUCAAAAUGCUAUUCUUACAAAUUAUGUUUUUCUUUUUGAUUACUACCUUUUACAUUAAUAACAUUAAUUCUUGCACCGACAUCAUUCUUAAGGUCAUUAUUUAAGCAAAUAAUUGAUGAUUCUACUUUUUAAGAAGUGUUGAUACACAUGCACAUGCUUCAAUUCUAUGUUCUACAUGUUAUAGAUAUGAGGAAAAACUUUUAAAACAUGUAUACUAUAUAAAUUUGGAUACAGGUAAACCUACACAACACUCCCCUAUAAGGGGCACAGCAUUUUUUUUUAUAUCUGUGAAUUAAUUUUUAAGCAAAUGCAGGGUUCUUCUUUAAAUAACAUAUUAAUAUCCCAAAUCAGUAUUAUUUAAACAGACAAAAGUCUAAAAAUAUAAAGUUUGAUAAAAAACAUUAAGAAGUAAUUUUGGGAAAUAAAGGGAGGUAACAUAUAUAUUAUGAGAAAACAUAUUUAUUUAUCAAUACAUUGUAAUCUCCCUUUGUAAUAUAUGCACUUAUAAAACGUUUUUGAAUGAGUCAGUAUGGCCUUGAUCUUGACCCGAGGUAGGCAAAAAACUGCGUUCUGCACAUCAUCACAAUAAUAUUAAUUUGUCUGCCGAAUAGACUUAAUUCCCUACUAUCGGUUUAGAAGAAACUAAGCGGACUCAAAAUUUUGAUAUUGAUAGGAAAUGACUAAGUGUGACCUUGACCUGAGAAUGUUUACACAUCAUUCUAAUAUAAGAAAAAGUUCUUCCGAAAAAGUUUUAAUUUCUUUCUACUGAUCAAAAGAAUACAGAGCGGAUAUAACGUCUCAUAAAAGUUAUCAUUUCUGCCAAGUAGCUUUAAUUUUAUUCAACUGAUUCUAAAGAUACAGACCAAACACGAAAACUUGCUAAAAGACGGACGUACGGACCAAUGAACGGACAGCAGGUGCAUAACAAUAUACGUCAAAAUUCUUUUGGGCGUAUAAAAAUGGCAAUGAACAUGAUCCUUUUAGCUUACACACGAAUUAUCAGUUUAAGGUCUGAUUAUAAGUCUGAAACAUCAAUAAAUCAGUUUGUUUUAUACAAGGAAAAAAAGUAUCGGUAAAUGUUUAGUUUGAAAACUAAACAGGGGAUUCCUGUGACUGAUCUAAUACUGUUAGUUUUAAAUCAGAGCCAGGUAUCAAUCAUCCCUAUUGAUGCUUUACUUUUGAUCUUUGUAAUCAUGUAUUUGAACUACAUACACGGAAACAUUAUCAAAUAUGAAAAAGCAACUAUUGUUUUAGUUCAAAAUAUGUAAAAUGUACGUUUUCCAAAGAUCAUUAAUUUGCCAGAAUUAGUAUACAGAUCGAAAAUAUUUUCUUUCAAGAUUUAAAGACAAAGUAAUAAGAGGGUAGUCAAGUUUUUUCUAUAAAUAUAGGAUUUAUAUUUAUCGAGUGGUAUGGAAAUAAAUAAUUCAUGAGUGGCGGUAGCCAUAACAUUCCCAGUGCCCAGAGUUUAUGUAAAUUUAAAAUUGCUACAAAUUUCUUAGUAGUCAACGAAAUAGGUGAUUUACUGACAAAUAGUGUUAUAACAUAACAUAACAUAUAUUUUAUUCAACAUAUAUAUAAUUGUAUACUUACAAUUCAUAGUCAAUUCAGGUACUGUGUGGUGUAAAGUGUUACAAGUUACAAGUUACAGUUACCCAAGAAGUAUUGUUGACGAGUAUAAACACAUGUUGACAUAUCUUACAUAGUUUGCAUAAGAAAUACUUAUACAUGUAAGAAACAAGUGUACUAAUGCAUGAAUUCUUUUAUUAGAACAAAUUGCAAAAGUCAAUUAUUAUUAAACUUAAACUUUAAAAAUAAUUAAAAGUACAGUUAUAUACAUCAGAGUAUUUAGCUAAAAUUAAACAAUUUUGUUAAAUUAUUAAAAUAGAUUACAAUGUAAUAAAAAGACAAAUUCUAUCAAUACCCACUACAUUGUAUCAUCGUUUUAUGUUGGAGGUCUUGUAAAAGUUAAAUAAAUAAUUAAAUAUGGUUACUUUUAGAUAAGACCAUUUUAUCCUGGAAAGAAUCCGAGGAUCAUCACCUAUACAAUGUUAUUUACAUUAUCAAGAUUUGUUAAUGACAUGAUAUAAUUUUUUGACUACAAAGUAGACAGAAAACUUGCAGCAUCUGCAAUAUCUUUCAGCGUUUUUACUGAAGGGGAAAUCUAUAUAAAAAGUAUCAUCAUUAAUAUGAUGAUCAUCUGCUUGAGGGGAUAGAGUGCAUGCCGAGACUCGAAUUUACUGCAAUAGAGCUCACUCUGUUUUUACAGAAAAUUGUCUUAGCUUUAACCCUAGACUUAACCUGAAUUAGUUUGCAUUUGGUUUUCAAAAAAGUAUUGUUCUUUCUUUUCAUCAGUUCUUUAACUACUUGUUCAUAUAGUAAAUGUAUAAUAUUAUCAUACUUUUGUUGAAAAAAGUUUUACUUACACUAAUGAAAUUGAAACUUUUACUAAUUAAUAGAUAAAUAUUUGGCCUUCAUAUUUCAAAGUUUACUAUUAACCCCUACUUUAAUGUUUAAACGAAGACCAAUUUCAUUUUCUCAAACUUAUUUGUAUUAGAAAAUUUCAUCAUAAGAUUCUUUUUACAAAAAUAUUACUAAUAGAUUUCGAAAGCAGUAUCUGUCGAGCUAUGUUGAUAGACAAGUGUACAAAACUUAAAAUGUAAUGCCAGCUUCCCUUGUCAGAAAGUUUCAAACUUAUUCUUGUUAUUAGUAUUUUGAAUCAGAUUUUUCUGUACUUUUCAGAUAAAGCUGGCUCUCUUUUGUCUGACCAUAAUCAUAAUUUUCUGACGAAUCACACAUCAAGUUUAUAUACCUUACACAAACCGUAUAGGUAUGUUACCAUGUAGGCAUUUCAUUAAAAAAAAUAAAAUUUAAGUAUGAUUUUAAAAUACUUUGUCAAUACCAUUUUAUAAAGAUAACCACAAAAAGAAUUGAUCAUUAAACCUGUUUUGUACAUACUACUAUAUGUCAUGCCUAUCUUGUCAUAUUUUUAUGUAAGAUGCAAGCUCCACCUUGUUGAUGUGAUAUUAAUUACAGUGAAAGUUGACAGAUCUUUUUGAGAAAAAAAAACAAACAAAAAAAUCUUCAACAUCUCUUUUCAAAAACUGAGAAACUUUCAGUAUAUUUUUCUUACAUUUAUGGCACCAUAGUCAAGAUUUUCCUACAAAUUGCCCUUCUUUACUUCACUCUUUAAAUUAACAAGAUAACAAGACAAGUCUCGAAACAAAUGUAACCUUACAGUAAAAAGAUAAUUUAAAGCCUUUAUCAUGAGUCGUUUCUUUUUUUUACUUUUAUCAUAUAUUGUAAUCCGUAAUUAUUUAUCAGUAGAAAAAUCAAGUGUGUAAGGUACAACAGUAGUUUAAUCAAAGCACAGAAGGCGCUGAAUUUGUUUGGGUCUCAGAAUGUCAGAAAGGUGAAGGUUGUGAGAUUAUAAACCACUUUGUUUGUAUAGCGUCACCAAUGCUGUUUCCAGUGUUUUAACUAUAGUAAGACUAAUUGCAACACUGCACUGAUAUUCAAUUCAAUGUUUAUUUGGCUUUAAAAAAACGCGUUGCCUAAACUGGGAUUUGAACUCCAGUCCUCUCGCUUCCAAAGCCAACGUGUAAACCCCUCGACCACGUGGAGCUAUAAGAUAACAGCCUGAAGAAUACCAUAUUAUUCUAAAUUAGAGUUAAUAACCCUUAUUAAUUUCGAUAUAUUUUGUUCACGGUAAACCUGUUGUUUAACACUGAGGUAAAUAAACAUGGAGCUGAAUAUAAGCAUAUAUAUCUAUAAAAAUUACACAAUAUUAGAAAUCUUCGACCAAUCGGGAACUAUUUUUUCGUUACGAAAAUUAUUGCGCCUGUCAGUUAUCUUUACGCAGUGAUCUCUACUGAAUUUUUCGGCGUUAAUGUACAUAUGAAGGGAAGUAACCGCUUCGAGGAGUUUGGACUACUUUCGGCAUUUGCAAAUUAGAACAUCUGGCUCUGAAAUUUCGCUACCAUUAUCUGUUUGGUCUGACUACCCAAACAAAUAAAAACUGCUUUACACUAUUUAAAAACACAAUGAACAUUAUAAAUGGAUAAUUGCAACCUGGAAAUAGACUUGCAAUGUUGUUAUUUGAUCAGUAAUUAACGUGGUCAAGAUGUGUGUAUUUCCUCAUUUUCUAUUAUAUAAUAAAAUGUAGUAUUUACAACAGCAGCCGUGUGUAUGUUUACCUCCUAUAGUCACAUAAAGGGCUUGUCGAUACAGAGUAUAAAAUGUGUAAGCAGUAAACACAGUAAUAACAUACUUUUUGUUUUGUAUUUUUAAAUUUAUGAUUAUUUUUAGCUUAAAUGGGCAGAGCAAAGUUCAUCGUAGUCCGAUGUACCCAAGCCAGUGAUAUAACACUCCAUUCCAAGCAAGAUGAUCUUUUACAUCCAUACAUACAUUUACAACAAGGAGUUGUCCAGGCAAUUGGCAUGCCUGUCUUAUAUAUUUCUGAAAUUGAUCGGUAUCAAUUUCUUGUAUUGCUCGUUUGACCAAUUGAGAUCUAAUAUCUCCAUCAGUGAUAAUGUGAUAAAUUGACAGUGAAAUUUUCAGUGCUAAGUGAAUUUGUACUAUAAAGCUCGAUUAUAUCUAAGAUAAAAGUAUAAGAUAAUUUAUAUAAAAAUCUUUUGUAGCUUAAUUGGGUUGCAGAAGCUAAUUUUGACUUUGCUAUCUGUAUCGAGACAGGCACGCCUGCACACUGUUACAGUCUGACCAGGCUCUUUGUGUAGAAUGACUUACCUUGAUAAGUUUAAUAAUGUGCAUAUAAAGAUCUAAAACUGGUAUCACGAUACGACCAACUUAAAAAUGCAGCAGGUUCAAGGUUAUAUACAUAUAUUUAUUUACUCACUUUUUUACUCAAGUUGUGACUUUUUGUUAAUAUGUAACCAGUAAUUCAUCUGGAAGUGGGGGUAGGCAAUCACUGGAAAUGGGCUCUUCAGACAAGUCCAGUAAAAGUUACCUACCGCUGGAAAAAAAAAUAUUUGAGACGUACCUUCAACUGGCAAAAGAAACUGAAGGUUCCUUGAUCAAGUAAGGCUUUGCUUUGAAUAAAUUUGGUAAUCAAUUAUAAAUAAAUCAAAACGGCUUAUAUGUUUUAACUCUUUGACUUUGUGUUAUCCUUGAUAUAUGAUAUCAUUUUUCAUGGCUAUUUAUCUAUUUAUCAAAUCAUGCGUCUUGUAUAUGUUGUAUGAUGAACCAUGUUAUCAAUUGUAAAUUGAAAAAGUUUUACCUAUGCAUAUUUAUAACAAUUACAAUAAUAUAUUACUAACAUGUCUAAGUUUUGGCUAUGAUCAUUCUCUUUUUACUCAAACUGCUACGUUCGGACUUUCGUAAAGAAGUCAUACUGUGCAUUAAAAUUCGUUCUUAUUUCAUUUUUCUCUUUUAUAAUGGAAAAAGUAUUUUUAUUUAAGUUGGUUAGAACCAAUUACCAUCCCUGAAAAUACUUAACGUUUUAUAAUUACUGUUUUCAUGUUAGGCAUUAUGGCCAAUAACUUGAGGACUUACUGUCAAAUGAAUGUUCUGAAUCAGUACCACAGGCAACAGCUGCUCCUACUAAAUAUGUUGUCAGUGAGGCCAAAGUCAUUUUAUGUUUAAAAUACUUGAUUAGGUUGGCCAGUAUACACGUAAAAAACAUAAGUGAUAAGUAAAUCUGUGACCGGAUUGUUGCAGCAACGUAAAGCGUGAUGACAAUAAUUUGGAUAUGGCUUGUCGAACAGAACAUAUUAUCGAACAGAACAAAUAAAUCGUUUUUUUUUAAUAAUGAAAACAAAGUUAUUUAGUUUCUUUUUAUAUUCAUUAUCAUUAGCUUAUGCUCUUUUUUGUCAAUAACAUAGUUUUUAACCUGAUUUAAAUUGUUAUUAUUUUAAUUGUAGCUCUAAUGCUAGAAAUAUAAUAAAGUGUUUAUUGAGCCAAAUUGACUCUUCUUGAACACAGUUCAAUACAGUAAACAAGCGUAAACGCAGAUGAAUCCACCAACAUGAAUAUUAAAAAGAAAGAGCUUUACAAAAGAUGGUCUUGUGAUUGAUGAGAUAUGGACAGAUGCUAGUACAUAUCAGUAAGUAUGACCAUUACUGACAACAUACAAAGUAAUUUAAUUUGAUUCUCAUUCGAAUGGCAAAAAUGCUAAUCUAUAAGUAUUUACAUAUUAUAGUACAUAUGAUAAAAACUUAUUUCUUUCACUGGAAUUUGACUUAGAAUGCUUUAGACCACUGACUUUAGACGACAGUUGUGCAUUCAACUGUAACUGUUUCUCAGACAGAAAUGCAUUAUAUUUCCCUUUAUAUUAAAUUAAUUGAAGAAGCCUGUAUAGUAACUGGAAGAAAACAAGAGAUGUUUGCUUCAUAAACAAAAUAAUCAUUCAAAUAUUUUCACAAUUUGUAGAUACAGACUUUCCAGAUGUAACCCAUUAAUUUGAUGUAGGAAUCUUUAGGGGGAGGUAAUAGUCUCUUUAUGACAGCAAAAUAAAUUCCUAUCACAGAGAGUUGUUUCUUAUAAUUAUUUGUAGGUGCUUUUGAAUUUUUAAAAUUAAAUAUAAAAGAUCAACUCAAGCAGCUAUGCAAGAAUGAACAACCUCUUAUUUUUCUAUAAAGGGUAUCCGUUGUACAAUUUCAAACCUUAAUAUUUACUCUUAUUUUAGCUUAAAAGUCUAAUCCUUGAGUUUGUCUCUCUUUGAGUAAAAAUAUGUUGACCAGGCUAUUAAUUUAUAUCUCAAAAGCAUUAACAGUAUGAAUAUGAAAGGUCAUAAUUAUAAAAUUCAUCUCAAUGAGGGAAAUUGAUGCAUACAAGACCCAUUGAUCUUCAUUGUUUCCUGUACAGUUAUAGCGCCCUUUUCUCAGUUAAGAAAAAAGACCAGUAACUGGGGUUACUCUGCGGGUCUAGUUAAAUGCUUUUAGUUGUAAACAACUUGGAAGAUGUAAACAUGGACCUGUUGAAGAAAUACUGGAGAGACCAUAUGUGGAAGCUUGAUGUCUGGUAAACAUUAUUUGGCUAAGAUUUUUCCUGCACACAUGUUUUAUGCGCAACAUUCCCUAUUGUGAUAAUGCCAAGUAAAUUGCAAAAUAUAACAAAUCAAUAAGCCAAUAAUACAGAUCAAAUAAAACUAUUCGUGAAUAAGUGAUGCGAAUAAAUCUGUUUCAUGUUACUGUCAUAUGUGAUAAAACUGCAAUCCUAAAUAAUACCUUUCAUUUUAAGACAUAUUGUGGUCAAGAAAACGUUUAUAUGUAUGCUGCGAAGAAGUAUGCUUACACGCAAUAGCUGGACAUGAUAUACCCUUAAGGAGCCAACGAAAUAUGAAUAUUUGCAAGACCUUCUUCAGGGGCAUGAAGAUCACUCCUUGAAGACUGUGGGGAAUUAAAUGAUCCAGUCCAUCAGACCUUACAGAAAACAAUGACAGCAGUGAUAACAGCAUGUAACGAAGUAUCAGAUGAAAGCUAGUUAGCAUGGUUCUUAAACCGAAUUAACUUAAAUAUGUAAAAGUGUUUUAGUUGUCCUAUAUCUUUGUCUAUUGAGUAUUAAUAAAUAUCUUAGUCAUGACAUUGUAAGCAAACUUCAAUUGUUUGAGUCAAUGUCAUCUUAUGUUUGGUUUUCUUGAAUGUAUUGUUGCUUUUUAUUUUGGCCUAUGGAAAUAGCUGUUAUUUUACAAGUCAACAAAUAUGUUGUUAUAUUUGUAUUUAAUAACUUUAUGUAAAAAGCAUGUGCAUUGUGAUAUUAUUUUCAUGAAAUUGCAGGCUCAGUUGAACAGCUUGUCCCUUAGCUUUAUUGGCAAUACUAAAACCCGGAUUUCGAAUAUUAUGUGGUCUACAUUGAUGCCGUAUUCUUUUUAAUUCAUCUAUAUAUUUUUACUAAACAAAUAUGUUUACUAAUUAUUUGUUCUUUUCUGUUACUUACUAUUUUUGUUGUAUAAAAUUUACCAGUUGUAAGGUUAUUUAAAGCAUAGAGGCCCUGAGGAGUGGAUAUUGAUAGAUUUUUUUACUGGCUUUAUAUACCUUAGACUUGGUUUUUCUAGUUUGUUCAGUUAGUACAAUAACAUACCUACAGGUAUUCUGCUACAUGAAUCUUCUAAUCACCAUGUGAAACUAAUAAAUAUUGUCUAUGUGUUUAUAUAAAUUGUUAAUAAAAUAACCUUUGGUAAAAAUGAUGUUAUGUGCAUACAUGUGUAUCUUUAAGUUAGUAUAUUGAUAAAAUGUGCAUUUCUGUAUUUAAAGACUUACAGUUGUGAAUGAAUGAGAUAUGCAUUUAAAUUUAUAAAUGAUAAUACAUGUAUCGAUUAGUCUUCAAGUUAUAGUUUUUUAUACCCAGUGUUAGCUGGCUUAUAGGCCUUUUUUCCUUCUAUAACAGGGGCCGGUAUAAAGAAAAUUUCUUUUAAAUCAUGCAGUUUUUACAUCAAAUUUUUUCUUCCCCUUUUGCAAAUAUACCGUAUAAUUUUUCCACAAAAUUAAGGCUGGGCUGAUUCCCCAACCUGUGAAAAAAAGCCACGCAUAGUAUAAUAAAGUUUAUAAAUUAUAAUAGUUUUCUUUCUACUAGAUUUUGAAUUCCAUCCAUUAGUACCAAUGUUAAUGUUAAUGUUAGGAUUUCAUAUUUAUUUAAUAGACACUGGGAAUUAUUAAUGUUUUGUGCAUACAUGUAUAUCUUAGUAUAUUGAUAUGAUGAGACUUAUAAUAUUUCUGUAGUUAAAGAGUUACAGUUAUGUCAUUAUUAUUAAAAGGGAUUAGACUUUCAUUUAAAGUUAUAUAUGAUAAUACAUGUAUUGAAUGAAAAUGUCCUUAAACUUGGAUCAAGCAAUAUGAUUAAUAAAG